UUGAAGCCACCCUUCAGAAUAGUCAGAACACAAUCGAAAACCGGAGCUGAUUGAAGCAACUCUCACCCCCAGAAACCAGAUUCGAAAAUCCCGAGGUUUCUUAUUUUGGGAGCAAAAACGGCGUCGUUGGCGGAGGAAGAGAUGUACGGCGGCGGAGGAGAAGAAGAUGAUCAGAGCAUGGGAUUUGAGACAAUGAGGAUGAUGGUGACUAGUCCUACAGGGCAGUGGGGCCCGGAGGAGACGAGGGAGCUGAUCGCGAUCCGUGGGGAGCUGGAGAAGGACUCCUCUGUGGCCAAGCGCAGCAAGGCUCUGUGGGAAGCCGUCAGUUCUAGGAUGAAUGCCAGAGGCUUUAAACGAACUUCAGAACAGUGCAAGUGUAAGUGGAAGAACCUUUUGAUUCGAUACAAGGGGAAGGGGACGUCUGAUCCGGAGACGGGGAGGAAGUGUCCAUUUUUUGAGGAAUUGCAGGAGGUAUUUACUGAGAGAGAAAGGAAUAUGCAGAGAUUGCUGCUUGAAUCCGAGGCUGGUGCUGCGCGUUUGAAGAAGAGGGUGAAGAAAGGGAGGUCAGGGCGAUCCUCGGAUGAGUUAUCGGAGGACCCUGAUGAGGAUGAGGAUAAUAACAAUGGAAAUGUGAAGAAGAGGAAGGUUGAGAGAGUGGAAAUGCCGAGAGUCGUGAAUGGGAAUGCAAGUUUUGGGAGUGGGAGUGGUGGUGUACCGGAAAUGCUUAGGAAGUUUUUGAAGCAGCAGCAGAGGAUGGAGAUUGAGUGGAGAGAAAUGAUGGGGAGGCGGGCACAGGAGCGGCACUUGUUUGAGCAGGAAUGGCGACAGAGAAUGGUGAAGGUGGGGAGGGAGCGGUUAAUGGUGGAGAAAGCUUGGAGGGAGAGGGAAGAACAAAGGAGGGUGAGAGAAGAGAGCAGAGCUGAGAGGAGGGAUGCUCUCAUGACUAGCAUCUUGAAUAAACUUAUUGAUCAAAGUAACUUCUGACUUUGUCAAGUAAAUGCUUGAUGUUUUGAUUUUGUUUACAAGUUUGAGAGUCCUUUUAUCAUUCCCAUGGACGUGAAGAUUUUGCAUAGUGCAUAGUUCAUAGUUCAUACAUGAUUUGCAGCUCUAGGCAGUUAGUGUAGGGGCACUUUCUGUUUGCCUUGACAGCCUUGUCAUGUAGUUUAUAUGUUCAGAAAAUUGUGUGCAACUUCUCUUUUCCUUUCCUUAUUUUUAUAUAUCUAACAAUGUAACCAGUGUUGCAUUUCUCUUAAUGCAAAUGGAAAUUG